GAGCGGUGGGGUUAAGCGCGUCGCCGCGGCCGGCCUAGGCACGAACCUGGAGCUCUGAGUCCGCACAGGGAUCUGGACCCUCCACCUCACGCCAUGGGUCCCCAUCUCUGUCCUUACCGCGCAGCCCUGCUACCGGGCAGCCUCCUGUUCCUCCUGCUGCUCUCAGACCCGGCGCUUCCAACCGGACGUUCUCCCCCGGUGGUCCUGGUGCCUGGUGAUCUGGGCAACCAGCUGGAGGCCAAGCUGGACAAGCCGAAGGUCGUGCACUACCUCUGCUCCAAGAAAACGGACAGCUACUUCACACUCUGGCUCAACCUGGAACUGCUGCUGCCUGUCAUCAUCGACUGCUGGAUCGACAACAUCAGGCUGAUCUACAACAGGACGUCCCGGGUCACCCAGUUUCCCGAUGGUGUGGAUGUGCAUGUCCCCGGCUUCGGGAAUACCUUCUCCCUGGAGUUUCUGGACCCCAGCAAAAGCAGCGUGGGUUCCUAUUUCCACACCAUGGUAGAGAGCCUAGUGGGCUGGGGCUACACACGGGGUGAGGAUGUCCGAGGAGCCCCUUAUGACUGGCGGCGAGCCCCAAAUGAAAACGGGCCCUACUUCCUGGCCCUCCGGGAGAUGAUCGAGGAGAUGCACCAGCUGUAUGGGGGCCCCGUGGUGCUGGUCGCCCACAGUAUGGGCAACAUGUACACACUCUACUUUCUGCAGCAGCAGCCACAGGCCUGGAAGGACAAGUAUAUCCGUGCCUUUGUGGCACUGGGUGCGCCCUGGGGGGGCGUGGCCAAGACCCUGCGCGUCCUGGCCUCAGGGGACAACAACCGGAUCCCGGUCAUUAGUCCCCUGAAGAUCCGGGAGCAGCAGCGGUCUGCCGUCUCCACCAGCUGGCUGCUGCCCUACAGCUACACCUGGUCACCCGAGAAGGUCUUUGUACGCACACCCACGGCCAACUACACGCUGCGUGACUAUCAGCAGUUCUUCCAGGACAUUGGCUUCCAAGACGGGUGGCUCAUGCGGCAGGACACGGAAGGGCUGGUGGAAGCCACGCUGCCACCCGGCGUGCAGCUGCACUGCCUCUACGGCACGGGCGUCCCCACGCCAGACUCCUUCUACUACGAGAGCUUCCCAGACAGCGACCCGAAAAUCUCCUUUGGUGAUGGCGACGGCACUGUGAACUUGGAGAGUGCCCUGCAGUGCCAGACCUGGCGCAACCACCAGGAGCACCAGGUGGCACUGCAGGCGCUGCCAGGCAGCGAGCACAUUGAGAUGCUGGCCAAUGCCACUACCCUCGCCUACCUGAAACGCGUGCUCCUUGGGCCCUGACUCCUGUGCCAGGC